AUGUCCUCCGAAAAAUUAGGUCUGGUUCCGACCCAGAACGGGCUCAACUCUCAGCUCGUUUUCCAAGACGAGAACUUGCGCUUCAAUUGCGGAGCUCCGCCUCAGCGCCGGGUCGGGGAUUCGGGUCCGAAGACCCGAGAGCUCAGCGGUUUCAUUGACGACCGGUUUUUCGCGCCGCAAAGCGCUGAUUUCCGCCCCAGCAUGUAUAACGAGAAUCCGGACCGCCGGGAGCCACCCGAACCCCGAAACUGGAACUCGAAUGGAGCCGACACGACGCCGAGCGGUGAGGGAUCGGACGAGGAUGACGAUGACGACGACGACGAGGAUGACGUGGACGAUGAUGAUGAGGUUGAUGAAGGUGACGCUGAAGUUGGAGGGCUUGUCGGAGUGGAUAACAGAAACAAGGGCAUUGCUAGUAAUAAUGGAAACAAUGGGGAAGACAAAAUGGGAAAUGGGAAAGUUAAGCACCAUAACCAGCACCAUUCUUCUUUUGGUGGAACUGUGAUAGUAGGAUCAAGUAGAGAGGUGUUGGUGAAAGACCAUAGUGUGGGGCAGCAAAUAAUGAACAACAACACAAGGGCUAGUCCCAGUGAUACUCAGCAAGGAAGGCUUGGAAACUAUCACAAUGUGGUCACAGUCGCAGAACCAGACGGUGACAUUUAUUAUUCUCAGUAUUUGCAGGGGUCUGAGGGGUCUGGUUCUGCUCAAAAGGAUUCAGUUGUGGAAAAUGGAUGUGGGUUUAGUGGAAGAAAGGAUGUUAUGUAUUCGUCCGAGUCUGGAGACUCUUUGAGAGCAAUUCUCUCUGAUCCUGUGACGGGAGCUCUGAUGGAUGAUGCAAUGAUAUUGCCUUGCGGGCAUUCCUUUGGAGGUAGUGGAAUACAGCAUGUUAUUAGAAUGAAAUCUUGCUAUACCUGUUCUCAGUCAAUUUCAGAAGAUUCAAUUGCCCCAAAUCUCUCUCUUCGAGCUGCUGUGCUGGCAUUCCGCCGGGAAGAAGAGUUACAAUUUUAUCGCUCAUCCAAAAGAAGAAGAGAAAGGUUUGACCAGGAAAAGGGUGGUUACAGUGAUUCAGUUCUUGUGGACACUCCAAGGGGUAGAGGUGUUCAGUUUCCAUUUGUAGUGACAGACCGAGUUAUUAUAAAGGGGAAUAAGAGGACACCGCAGCGCUUUGUGGGGCGCGAGGCUGUUGUCACAACACAAUGCUUAAAUGGAUGGUAUGUGGUAAAGACAUUGGAUAAUGCAGAGAGUGUAAAAUUGCAGUACCGGUCACUUGCCAAGGUAUCCGAUGAACCCUCAUCUAAGCCAAUGUCAAGCAAGAUGGGACCUAACUGGCUCUAG